AUGUUUUCAGAAUUCUUUCUUCACCUUCCAAAUCUUCAUAUUAAUAUACAUUUAAUUGUGAAUGCCAAGAACUAUGAAACUUUGGUUAAUACUGCUUGUGGUGUUAAGGACAGACAAGAUGAAUCUGUUUCAGACUUAAAUUAUUAUGCAAAUUCCUCUUUGCUGAAACUAUUGCUUUCUGGAUGGUAUAUCACAAGGUCACUUGAUUUAAUCGACGAUUUAGAAUCUG